GGUUGACUUCAUCGAUCACAACGCGACACGCAGAGAAAUCCACCAAACGGACAUUGUAAGGUAGCCCAGAAUGCCAAAGGACCUUCCUCCUGAACUAUGGUCUUACAUAUUUGAUCUUGCUGCGGACGAAGAUGUCAUUUUUUAUCCUGGGUUGCCGACGACAAUGGCUCAGUCAACAUGGUUUAAACCACCCUGGAAAGAUGAUUGGCAGCUAAGGACUCCGCAAGAUGCUAUCAACAUGAUACAAAGAAGAAGUUAUGCCACAAAGAAGACUGUUAUUGCCACUUGCAGAGGAUGGAGGCGCUUAGGAACGGAGUUCCUUGUACGCUGCCUUUUCUUUGACAAUCCAACCAAGCUACGUGACUUGUGCGCCAUCUUUGACCGCGAUCCUGGUUUGGGAUGGUGGGCAAGGCGGAUACACAUCACUCACUUUUCCAAUGGUCGAGGACCUAAGAUCGAUGACUUUGAGAAUCCCCUCAUAUCGAUUCUCCAUCACUGUCCCAACCUGGAAAUCUUUAUCGUCGACUGGCCAAUGGCCAGUUCAUUUGGUCCUAUAGCCGAAACUCUCGGUGCUUACUGCACCAAACUACGCACGGUACAUUGGCAUGUCCCGUCUGAAACUCUGCCCAAAGUCAUCUGGGCACUAGAUUCUCUCCCUAGCCUUGUUUCGGUCCACAUAGAGUUCGACGCUCCUACAGUGGACUCGGACACGAUCACCCUCGGAGCCGCAUCCAACGUUCGGCUCAACCUCGUCAACCUCCACCAGCUGUCACUACGCGGCUUCUGCCAAGAAUUCCUCGAACAGGCAACAGGCUGGAACUUCCCCGGACUACGCAGUUUUUCUUUCGACUUUGGUUCAAAUAGACAUGAUCUUCCAGACCUUGUUUCAUUCUUAGCCCAUCACGGCACUCAGCUCCUCCUGCUCGAUCUAGAUUGCAUACCACCACUCGAUGUCUGCACUAUCCUCGAUAUGUGUCCUCUUCUUGUAGUCUUUUCGUUCAAUCCAGAUUGGAAAUUGCCCUCCAUGAACGGCAAUGACACUUUGACUAACGCUAAUUCAGAAGAUGAUUUCAGUCAACCAGUGGCGAUCGUUAACCGCCCUCACGAGCACAUCAAACAUAUCGGCUUACACGGACUCCUGUAUGCGUUUGGCGUAGGGUAUGCGGCAGAAUAUGCGUCUGUCGAUCCUCUGCGCACGAUGAUGAUUCGGCGAGCGAACGAUCGCAACUUUGACGCUUUGGUAAAGGCAAACUUUCCGAGCCUACGUUGCGUACGCGUACUGAGUCCUACCGUGCUGUUGGACUUGGAUGCUGCGGACGGACCUGACGUUCUAUGCUUCGAAAGGUGGGAGAGAUGGUGGAAUAUGUGCAAUCACAUGGGUGUUAGACUGGAGGAUUGCACAGGUGCACAAUUGGGAAUCCUACCUCAAGACGAGGAGGAUGAAGAAGAAGAGGUGGAAGAGGAAGAGGAACGAUGGGAUGACGAUGAAACCGAAUGCGAAUAUAAAAACGAUACGGGUGGAGGUGUCAGUGUAACAGAGUUGAGACAGCUCUUGGACGAAUGUAGGAAGAUGUCCGCCGAAAGAGAUAACCCCACCUUUGAAUUUACUUUUCAUUAGUCACAAGU